UCCCGUCCGCGGGCGGCUGCCGGCGCGCGCUGCACGCUGGGAUUUGUAGGCCAAGGCGCCUGACUGGGAAGGGCGGCUUGUCGCUGGAGCUGCUCGUUCCUGAGCUCCGCCUUUCGGCCGGGUCCGGGAAGCUUGAGGGGCGCGCCGACUCGCUCGUUUCGCUCGCAGCCGGUUCUGCUCAGCCCCCAUCCUGCCGCCGCCGCCGCCUCCCGGUGCGAGGUGGAGGCCUUAGUGGAGCAGCAGCGCCGGUUGACUCGCGAGUUGGUUUCUUGGCUUCAGGGGCAAACUGCUUCUGGGAAUACUCUCCUUGCCCAGCCAGUGACCUCGUGGCUCUCCAACAUCUCCCCACAACCACGGCGGAGUCGGUCAAGCCUACCCUCUGCAGAGUUGUCAUCUACUUGCAGAAGGAGAUGUCCGGAGACACCUGCCUGGCGGCCUCCUGCCCCUCACCGGGAGCCAAGCCCAAGGGCUGCGGCUUCAAAGGCGGCACCCUAGGCAACAAGUACGUGCGGCUCAACGUCGGCGGGUCCCUCUACUACACCACGGUGCAGGUGCUGACGCGGCACGACACCAUGCUGAAGGCCAUGUUCAGCGGCAGGAUGGAGGUGCUUUCGGACAAAGAAGGCUGGAUCCUCAUUGAUCGCUGCGGGAAGCAUUUUGGGACUAUUUUAAGUUACCUCCGAGACAACACGGUUGCCCUCCCGAAGAACCGGCAGGAGGUCAAAGAGCUAAUGGCGGAAGCCAAAUAUUACCUCAUCCAGGGCUUGGUAGACCUCUGCCAGGCUGCCCUGCAGGACAAGAAAGAUUCGUACAAGCCCGUCUGCAACAUCCCGGUCAUCACGUCACCCAAAGAAGAGGAAAGGCUCAUCGAAUCCGCAAUGAAACCUGCGGUGAAGCUGCUGUAUAACAGGAGCAACAACAAGUAUUCCUAUACAAGCACCUCCGAUGACAAUUUGUUGAAGAACAUAGAAUUGUUCGAUAAGCUGUCCCUCAGCUUCAACGGGAGAGUCCUCUUCAUCAAAGACGUGAUUGGGGAUGAGAUCUGCUGCUGGUCGUUCUACGGACAGGGGAGGAAGCUGGCCGAAGUCUGUUGCACAUCCAUAGUUUAUGCUACAGAGAAGAAGCAAACCAAGGUCGAGUUCCCCGAGGCCCGCAUCUACGAGGAGACCCUGAACGUCCUGCUGUAUGAGACUCCCCGGGUUCCCGACAACUCCCUGCUCGAGGCGACCAGCCGGAGCCGCCCCCAGGCCUCCCAGAGCGAAGACGAUGACGGCAGCUUUGAGCUGCGCGACCGCGUCCGGCGCAUCCACGUCAAGCGCUACAGCACGUACGACGACCGGCAGAUAGGCCACUAAGCCCACGCAGUGCCGGGGGGGGGGGGAGCUCACAAGGGAUGACACCCUUUCUGCAAGGGUCCGGCUGGCUUCGGUGCAGGGGGGCUGUCCUCUGCGCCUCCACUGCUUCCAACCCUGCCUCCCCAAGAACGAUUCUGUGCUCAGAACGGUUCCUGCCCUGAGCUCCACUUGGCUUCUGAUUCGGGCAAAACAGAUCAAGGUGCUCAGAAGGCCUGCAAUCCACAAUGCCAGCUUCCAAAACCUUACCGGCUGUAAUUGUUCUUCUGAGACUUAACUUCUCUUCUAGAAGCUUCUGAACAACUUAUUUCUGGCUCGAGAAGAAGCUGCGGUUUCCUUCCUUCCCCUCUGAGAGUGGUUUUUGCAGGGGAGGAACCAUCUUGGGCUGGGUGGUCUCAGACUCUGCUUGGAGAACCCUCUUUUGUUUGUUUGUUAGGUUUUGUAGAAUCUAGGUGCUGAGGAUGGUGAGCGAAAGCCGAACACUAGUUUUCCUUACGUAGGGCAAACACUACACACAUCCGUUACAGAAUGCUCUUUGCCAGAGCUGGAAGAAUUUCAGCCCCGAACCCUGACUUAAAUAUUUUGUUACGUAAUGCCAAGGAACAAUGAGAAAGUCAACUGGGACUGGUUUCUGGUGAAAAGUGAGCCCAUCCUCCUACCCCAGUCCUGAAAGGAUUGCGUGUCCAGCGAGAUGGGAUGGAGAGGCAGAAGAGAAACGGGGGUAUAAGCAAAAUGCAGCCUUUUUCGAUUUUGCCCCGCAAACCGGUUGAGGAGCUUAUCUGUUUUGUGCAUGGAGAGCAGGUGAUCAUCCAGCAAGUUUGCCUGCCUCAAAGUGCUGUUUCUAGUCCUAAACAUCUGCUAUUGGUCAAUGGGCAUUAUCAUUAGAUCAGAAGGCAGGAGCUCCUUUUUUUGCUUUCCAGAAUUAUGUUCAGUCUGAGUUUAUUUGUUGGGGGGUGUAGGCCAUGGCCCAAAGUGGGUGAGGCCAUCCUCUCGAACUCCAACACCCUCCAACAUCCCUUUUCCUUCCUGCAUAGUGGACUGCUGAGAGAGGGAAGGGGGGAGGGAGGGAGAUGGCUCUUGCAAUGAGAUUGAAACGACCCUUUGUAGAGUGAGACAGACAAAGUGCACAUUGGUGGCAGUGGUGGGGGGACAUAUCCAUUAUACUGUUUGCUCAAGGUGCAGAUUUGCUAUAGAAAUACAGUGAAAAGCCAGCGGGGCAACGCCCUGCUCGAUUGCCAGUCGGUUCAGUUUGGGGAAAACAAUCACAUCUUUAUACUGCAUUGUGUUUGCGGCAGCGAAGCCGCACCACAACGAGUGUUGUAUGCAAUGGGGAGGAGAGAGAUGGAGGCAAGGAUAGUGGUGGUGGUGGGGAGGGAGAUAUUAGGCCAGGUGUGUGGAAACACUUUUGGCCCCAUGCUGCUGAAACCCAACUGGCCCCUGGCCAUUGGCCCUGCUUCCUGGAUAGGCCUUGGUUCAUAAUGUAUGGGAGCAGGGGGUGAUGGGAGUUGUGGUCCGGAACAUCCGGCAAACACCACUAUCCUGGCCACCCUUUGGUGGUGCAGCCAAAGAGCAUGUGAUACCUCCCUGUUUAAUCGUGUGGGGAACCUUUUGCCCCUCCGGAUGUGGCGGAACUGCAACUUCCAUCAGCCUCGGUAAGCAUGGCCAGCGGCCUGGGAUGAUGGGAGUUGUAGUUCAGCCCGAGGGCCAAAAGGUUCCCCUGCAUGGUCCAGGCCAGCAGGUUCUCCGAGGCGCAUAGGAGAGAGGAGGGCUCCUUCCCCACAAGUACAGGCUGGACCAGAAUUUGUGGGGGUCACUGGUAGCAGCGGUUAGCAGUUGUUAACCCUCGGUGGUUAGAUGGUGGUUAAUUUUCACCCAAGGUAAGUCACUGCUUCUGGUUAACCCAUGUUUGGUUGAACGUGCAAUGGGUUAUAUAUCCGGUAACUUGGAUCAUGACAUCUGUGUGCUCCUGGCGCAGAACAAAUAAACAAUAUUCUGUAUCACACAG